UCGGUACCAGAUUGGCGGCUCACUUCCCUUCUUUCAUCCGCACAGAUUUUGCUGUCUGGCCGUAGGUCGGAGGCCUUUCUGAACUUUCCACCCGGUACCAGCUGGACGCGGAGCGGACUGCAGCCAUGCGGGUGUUGGUGCUGUUCGCGGUGGCGGUGCUGUCUCUGAGCCCGGCGGCGGUGAACGGAGCCGAGAAGAAGAAGCUGCAGAUCGGCAUCAAGAAGCGCGUCGACAACUGCCCCAUCAAGUCCCGCAAAGGAGACGUGCUGAACAUGCACUACACCGGCAAGCUGGAGGACGGCACCGAGUUUGACAGCAGCAUCCCCCGCGACAGGCCCUUCACUUUCACGCUGGGCACCGGCCAGGUGAUCAAAGGCUGGGACCAGGGCCUGCUGGGCAUGUGCGAGGGCGAGAAGAGGAAGCUGGUCAUCCCCGCUGAGCUGGGCUACGGGGACCGGGGGGCUCCUCCCAAGAUCCCCGGAGGAGCGACGCUCAUCUUCGAAGUGGAGCUGCUGAGCAUCGAGAGGAGAUCCGAGCUUUGACGAAGAGGAGACGGCGAGGAAGGCACUUUGAAAACGUUCCAGGAGGUGCUGCGUUAUUGAGUGGAGACCGUCUGACCUCUGAUGAAGAUUACAUGGCAAACUUGAGAGGAGUUGGCACCGUACGACAGAGCUGCUGUUCUCCUUUUUCUGACUUUGCUUAAUAUGCUGUGACUGGAGUUAUUAUGUGAUACAAGAACUGGCUGUGUGUGCUAAACAUUAGGAGAACUGUUAGUCAGCAGCUAAGUCCAGUGUCUGUCUGCAGACAACGUCCUGCCAUGUCGUCUCAUUUUUGUUUUUAAUUUUCUCUAAUUUCUUAGCAGGUUCAUUUAUAUCUGUACAUGUUUUUAAUGAUUUUCACAACAUAAUUUAGGGUUGUUGAUUAACUAUGAAGUCAGGCUGAGGGUCAAUUUAAGAUAAAUAUUUUUGUUCUUUUCAAGUAUUUGAAUUAGGAUAAUAAAAAUUUUGACCCUG